CCGACUUACAUCACUGCUGCACUUAGCAGUAGUAAGAUCGAGAACUACGAAAGUAACGCUGCUCGCGUUUUCGACUCGAGAAUCAUCUCUUGUAUCGUUUAAUAAUUGACGAAAAUUGUGUCGCAACAUUAGGGGAUUAGGUCAUGGUCGGUAUCGUUGUUAUUUCUCCGAUGGUGAAUCUCAGCUUUAGUUUUGCGCUCACGACUUUUUUGGUUCCUCUACUUCUUAUCGCGUACGUAGUGGUGACGUGGACAAGAAAAUGUUGGAUACGCUUUGUCAAAUGGAAACACCCGAGUUACGUUGUUGUGGAGGAGAAUAGUAUUCGAAGCAUCUUGGACCAGGGACGCAAUCAUGGUAUAUGCACUCUUCUCGUCCAAGGACGUUCGAUUGUCAAGGGCGUGAGAAAUCACUUGGCGCAUCUGACUUCAACGAGAAAAUUCCUCAAAUCGGCCCUCUUCACGCGAUGGGGCACAUACGUAUGGAAAGAACUCGAUUACUUUUCCGUGGACAACCAUCUCGCAAAUUCACCAUUCUUCUUUCGAGGUCGUCCUAUCACCGAGAACAAUAUACAGGAUUACAUAAGUGAUGUCACAUCGAAAUUUCUUCCGAGGAAAUUACCGCCUUGGCAGGUACACGUAGUGAAUUGCUUCGUACGAGGAGAGGAACGUCAGAUAUGUCUCGUACGAGCUCACCACUUGCUCUUGCGACAGGAGCAUCUAACUUUGGCGGAUUUUUUACCGUUGAAAUAUUCGACGGACAACUGGACUUGUCAAGAGAGCGAUUCGCCCUUUACGAAUCUAUAUAGCGAACCCUCUGCUCUACCCCGUCUUCGACAAAUGCUCAUCGAGAGCUUCAGCAACUACUGGAAUGAUUUUCUUUAUAAUAACGAUCCUACCGAGCGGCCAGAAAUUUUUAAGAAGCGUAUAGGAGUAUUUCAGUGCGUUAAGAUCGCGACGAUAGUGCUAGUUUGCACUCUGAAAGAAUUGGCCAGACAGUGCCGAAAGUCGGAAGGACUAAAGUUUCUGGAGCUCUUGUCAAUUGUCCAGCGCGAAUCGACCAAGAGAAAUUUCAAUUUUCGAUUGAUGCUCGAUUGCAUUAUGAAAUCUUUCAACCCAAUCGAUAUUCUCCACACGUGCGUCGCUCUCUCCUGGUACCUGAUGAUUUUAUCAUUUUUAAAGACGCCUCUCUUGCUCAUUCGAGAAUUGCGAGCCUUACAGUCGCGACAUAAACAUUGUUAUCCGGACACUUUGACGUAUAUGCUGUCGUGUUACCUUCCUCUGACAUUCCAAGCAAUUCGGGAAACGGUGUCCAUUAGCUGGAUAGCUGUAACUGCGCCGAAAAUCAUAAUUGAGGAGCUAUUUUUAAAGCAUCCGCAAUCGAAUCGACUGCAGACCAUCUCACCAUGUGGUAGGAAGGUAGUGGCUUGGUCGGAAGAGGUCGAUGUCGAGCUUGUACGAAAAAUCGCUAAUGUGACUGGCGCGACGGAGACGGAGAUUCUUUUAGCGGCUACCGUGGACGCGCUGAAAGAAUACUUUAGGCACUCGGCCGUUAACGUUCCGGACGAUGUAUUCGCGACAGUUAAAUACGUGAGUCAGCGAGCGGUGUUUCUUCGAAAUCACGAGGCCAGAGGUAUCCUCUGCAUCGCAUUACCCACCAAAACGCCAUUAUUCCAUGAUGAUCUCAUUGAGAUACUGCAGGUUAUUCAGCGAAACGUCCAGGAUGCCAGGUCCCGACAGAGCGCAAUUUACGCUAUCACAGCAGCGGAAACAUCUUGCGGAUUAAUUUCGUCUUGCAUACCGUCCAUCGUUUUGAAAUUACUUUUAAAUCAACUGUCAAAAAGAUACUCUCUAUGUUUAACGCAUGUCGACGGAGAUUUACCUGUGGAAGGCAUAGACGGAGCAGUCUACUGGCGGCCACCGCAAGGAAAUUGCAACAUGUCUAUGACUCUGCACAGGCAUGGAAAUAGAGUACGUCUUGGUAUAAUGGGAGAUGCCUUGAUCGGCCCUCAACAUUUUAUCAUUGCGAGAGCGUUUCCAAAAAGCGUACGAAACCUCGCUGGCGUUCUAGGCGUUCCAAGAGCAUCCAGCCGAAGUCCAAGUCCUAAUCCACUCAAUCCGACUACAUCUCCAGGAUAUUGAGAUAAACGAACGUUGGUACUUACAAAUUAAUCGUAAAAAGGCCAGAAAUUGGAAUUUUUCUUGCGACA